UGAAAAGAAAACGCCAUCAGGCAAGAGAAGCGAAAGCAUUAUUUGGAAAAGAAAACGGGUUAGUUUUGUUAUAAAACGCGAUAAACUGUUAGAAUUGCUAGCAAAAAGCGAAUCUUGAAACGCGCACAUCAUGGCUGGAAGACGGGUACCGGCUAACGAGGAUUUAUCGAACGUGGAAUUCGAAACCAGUGAAGAUGUCGAGGUGCUGCCAACAUUCAAUUCUAUGGCCCUUCGCGAAGAGUUGCUGCGGGGUGUUUAUGCUUACGGAUUCGAAAAACCGUCGGCCAUUCAACAGCGAAGCAUUCUGCCGAUCGUCAAGGGACGCGAUGUAAUCGCUCAAGCUCAGUCCGGUACGGGUAAAACGGCAACUUUCUCAAUUGCAAUCUUGCAAUCGAUGGACACUACGCUGCGCGAAACGCAGGUCCUUUGCUUGUCGCCAACUCGCGAGUUGGCUGUCCAAAUUCAGAAGGUUAUUCUAGCGCUGGGAGAUUUUAUGAAUGUCCAGUGUCAUGCUUGUAUCGGUGGAACCAACCUUGGAGAGGACAUUCGCAAGCUCGAUUACGGUCAGCAUGUGGUUAGUGGAACACCCGGACGUGUGUUUGAUAUGAUCAAGCGUCGAGUUCUGCGAACGCGAUCAAUAAAAAUGCUGGUACUGGACGAAGCCGAUGAAAUGCUUAACAAAGGCUUCAAAGAACAGAUUUACGAUGUGUAUCGGUACUUGCCUCCGGCAACGCAGGUAGUACUGAUUUCUGCUACUCUACCACACGAAAUCCUUGAAAUGACGUCGAAGUUUAUGACGGAUCCCAUUCGUAUUCUGGUCAAACGUGAUGAAUUGACUCUGGAAGGCAUCAAACAGUUCUUCGUAGCAGUUGAACGAGAGGAAUGGAAAUUUGAUACGUUAUGCGAUUUGUAUGAUACACUGACCAUUACCCAGGCAGUCAUUUUCUGCAACACCAAACGUAAGGUGGACUGGUUAACGGAAAAAAUGCGAGAGGCAAACUUCACGGUCAGUUCGAUGCACGGUGACAUGCCGCAGAAGGAACGUGAUGAGAUCAUGAAAGAAUUUCGUUCCGGGCAGAGUCGCGUCCUGAUUACCACCGAUGUGUGGGCUCGCGGUAUUGACGUACAGCAGGUUUCACUGGUCAUCAACUACGAUUUGCCGAAUAACCGUGAGUUGUACAUUCACCGCAUUGGUCGAUCGGGUCGAUUCGGUCGCAAAGGUGUUGCGAUCAACUUUGUCAAAAGUGACGACAUCAGAAUUCUGCGAGACAUUGAACAGUACUACUCGACACAGAUUGACGAGAUGCCAAUGAAUGUGGCGGAUUUAAUCUAAGAUAAGAGCUGAGGAUUGUUUUAAUAUAUAUAAUAUUCAUUUUGCAUAUUGAAAACUCCAAUGAGUUUUGAAGAGUGAAAAAAUCAUUAGGCACGAACUUUCUGUUGGGAUCACACACAUAUAACUGAAUUAUACGCAUAGAUGGUAUAAAACUAUACUGCUAAUAAAUCAAAUUCUAGAA